GGUGAGUCUGAGCUGCCAUCAGGCAUGAGUUGCAUUGAUACACACUCUCAGCAGAAUCAAUAACAACAUCAGUAUGCACACACUGGGAGCAUACAGUUGUAUGUAUUAGUGUAUCAAAAGCCUAGGGGAGAGUCUAUGUGUUCUACAGACGGGUGGCUGGCAACACAAGCAGAGACAGAUUCGGUAUUGGUGUCAUAAAUCAGCUGUGCACAGACUGCAGAGAGAAACAAAGAGAGAGAGAGAGAGAGACAAACGGACAGACUGCAUUGCACAGAAGACAGUGGGCAGAGCAGAACUGAAGUGCAGACAUGGAAGAAGGGAAUAUGGAGGUGUGGAGCAGUUCGGGCAUGGACGAGAGCGAGAGAGACAGCAGCACAAGCCAUGAUGAGGAAUCUGAAGAAGCUGAGGAAGAUGAGGAACCCAACUCUGGGGGACUGUGCAGAGAGCUGGUACAAGUGCUGUGCGCAGAGAGAGUUGGUCAAAUCACAAAGACAUAUCAUGACAUUGAGGCAGUUACACAUUUGCUUGAGGAGAAAGAGCGGGAUCUGGAAUUGGCAGCCCGCAUUGGCCAAUCGCUUCUCAAGCAGAACAAAGACCUGACUGAACGAAACAAACUACUGGAUGAACAGCUGGAAACUGCCGAGGAAGAGAUUGCACAGCUGCGUCAUGAGCUCUCCAUGAGAGAUGAUCUCCUGCACUUUUAUGCCAGCACUGAAGAGAUAGAACAUGCAACAGAAUCACUGCUUAAACGGAAUGAUUCGUCCUUAUCUCUCAGUCACUACGUCAAUUAUGACUUCCUGCAGCAAAAACUCAAGGGUUUGGAGGAUGAGAACUUCAAAUUGCGCUCAGAGGCUAACGAGCUAACAUUUGAGACCAACCAUUAUGAGGAACAAGAGCAGCAGCUUAUGAUGGUGUGUGUGGAUGAACUCACAACGGCAAAUAAACAGGUCAGAUCUCUGUCGGAGGAGCUGGCCCGGAGGGUGGAAGAUUCUCUAAGACAACAAGAGGAGAUUAGCACUCUUCUGGGACAAAUUGUUGACCUAGAGCAGCGUUGCAAAGGGCUCACUGCUGAGAACGAGGAGUUGACACAACAUCUGGGUGCCUCACAGGAAACCCAGUCACAGCUUAAAACAGAGCUGAAGGAACUGCGGGAGCGGUACUCGGAAUGUGAGGACAUGCUACACGAAGCCCAAGAGGACAUAAAGAACCUGCGCAAUAAGAGUCUCCCCAACAGCACAGUCCAGCGUUAUAGCACCCUAGCCGCCGUCUUCCCAAUGGACUCACUCGCCGCUGAGAUCGAAGGAACUUUCCGGAAAGGCCUAGACAGCCCUGCACCCACUGAAUACAAGAAUCACCCAUUGCGUGUGUUUGAGACAGUGAAGGUAGCCAAUCAGGUGGCUCGGCUGCGCUCCCAAAGCCACUCUCCCCAGGUUCCAGGUUCGAGCCCUGGGUCAUUACGCUCCAGUCGUAUCAGUACUCCACGUACCAGUUAUUACGAAUCAGACUCUGCAAGCUUCAGCUUGGAGGACAAGCACUCUCCCCCAACACACACACAGGAAGAUGGGUUGCUGGAGUCUAAGCGUUUGGGUCAGCCAGGUACACCAGGUGGGCAGGAUUUAGAGGCAGCGCUCCGGUCUCUCUCAGAACGUCAGGAGAGUCAUUCAUCAGAGCGUCCAUUCUUCGAGGUGGAGAGAGAGAGGAAACUGCGUGCCCUGCAGAAUGGAAGCAGCGGUAGUGGCGGUGGGUCCAGUGGCUUCCUGACACCCAAUGACAGCGUUGUAUCCACUGGAACAAACUAUUCUGGAACCUCCACACAUUCCUCAGGCACAGGCUCGUCUCGCUCCUACCUACCCGAACGUCUGCAGAUAGUUAAACCACUGGAGGGCUCAGUCACUCUGCACCAAUGGCAGCAACUGGCUAAGCCCAAUCUUGGGGGCAUCCUUCACCCAAGGCCUGGAGUCCUCACCAAAGACUUCAGGGAGCUAGAUGUGGAUUUUCAGCAUGUUUACAGCCUUAAUGACCUGGAAGAGGAUGAGCCUGACAUGUCCAAAUUCCCCAACCUCCUGCAUGGCUCUGUUGCAGUCACUUCAUCUGGGCCUAACCUCCCUAAGACCACUCCCACACACCCGAAUACUAGCUGUCAGAUCCUCCAUCCCUCUGUCCUCUUGUCCUCCUCCACCAGCCUUCGGCCUCGCAGUGCAUCCGCUUGUGGGAGCGGUGAGCACGUGAGAAUUUCAUCAGGCCUCCAGAGCAUCUCUGCUUCCUCUGCACAUUUCCAUCUGACCUCAAACCCCUCAUCUCUUGGGCUUCUACAACUGGUUUCAGAGCAUGGCAUCUCAGCCGCAACCCAUCCCAGCUCCUCUAUCCAUAAUAGAGCCAUUAACACCCUCAGUACUGCCUCAGGGGAAAGACAGCGUGAUUUUGGUGGAAGUGAACAAGGAGGCAGAGGACAGGAACGACAGAAAAACAUUUUCAGUGUCAAUCUUGUGGAAAAGCUCAGAAGCUUGGGCUUGUAUAAAGUGGUUGAGAGAGGCUUGGUGGAUUCUAGGGGAAAAGAGAAGACAGACUCAAAUACCAGUCCCACAUGAAACACAGAGCUGUUCACUGUGCCAUUUUGCGCAUCGUUCUCCUUUUGGCACGCAACUUAUCUUCCCCAAUUUUUUAUGGGGCCUUAUUGAAAGACAUAUCGGGUUUGUAUUUCUGUGGUGAUUGUUGCCUGUGUUAGCAUUUGAAAGGAUGGUCUCUUAUGUGGCACUGGGAAUUGUAUCUACAGACUGCACUUGAAAAGACUUUUCUUCAUGAAAGGUCAAAUACAUCUAGGUUUUUUUUUUUUUAUCAUUGUAGCAAUAGCGUGUUUUGAACACUCUUCAGAAGGGAAUAGCUGUACAUUUGUUGACUUUUUUUUAACAUGUCUAAUCUUGUAAAGAAUUUGUCCAUCACCAUCAGUCUUGGAAUCACAGUUUUUUUAAUACGAGUAGAAAAUGUUCUUUUGUAGUAGCACUACAGGAACAUGCACUAUAUGGCAUCCAUUAGCUUGCUGGCAACCAAGCAACAGAAGUGUCAGUGGUGCGUCCCGCUCUCUAAAGAAAAUACACAUGUCGUUGAUAGCACUUUUCUGGGCAUUGAAUUCCUCCUUUCCACCAGAUUAUUCCUAGAGAAUGCUUGGUAUGUUAUGGGUUCUGUACCUGUUAUGCUAUAUAAAUCUAGUGUAUAAAAUGUGAUGCCUCAUUUUACAGUCUUGCUGAGCGAAAAUAAGUAAAUGUACACUUAUGAUCAUGUUGUGCUCAUUUCUGAAUUUUUACUGUGCUAAAAUUCAAGAACACCUCAUGUGAUGACACAUUGCGCGCGCGCGCACACACACACGUAUGUACUGUAUGUAAACCAACUUGAAUAUCACAGACACACUUUUUUCACCCAAUUAUAAAGUUUGUAGUGUAUAUGAUUGUGUUUCAAGAAUCAGGGAUGCAGUAAUUUAAAGUAAAUAUAGUGAUAAAGUUUUAUCUGCAGUUAAGUGGCCUAUAGCCAUGAGCAGUAAGCACAAUCCGUGAAACAUAAUAUGUAUGUAGGGUCUUCAUUGGCAGAAUCUAAGUCACUGGAUACUGGAACUAUAGGGCAUAUUGUUCAAUGAUCACAGCUUUUAUUAUUCUUUUCAGACCAUUCUAAUCAAGUUCAUUGUGUGCAUUUGUGUCUGUCAACCAAACUCAUACUCAUGGGCUAUACUUUAAUGAGCAGUGACAUGGUAAUAUGAGGUGAAAGUUGAAUGUGUGUGUGGAGAAGUUCUUGUUUGCAAGUUUAUUUAACAACAAAAAUUAUAUAUUUAAAAAAACAAAGUCCUGAAAUAUCACUCACUACAAUAUGCAAUCCCUGGUAGAAUAUGUAAAGAAUUGAUGAUUAACACAAAUAUGAGAAGCUAAAUAUUGAGUAAUGAUUUUAUUUUCACAUUUGAACAAUGUUUAGAUACUCUUGUCUCACAAUGAAAUGGACAAGCCCUGGAGCUCACUGUAUCUAAUGUAAAGUGUUUUGCGCACUGUAAACUGUAAACACAUUGUGCUAUAUGGGAAUAAAGAUUUCAAUGUA